GCACCCCGGUCUCUGUGCGAGCGGAUCAAGCAUUUUGUCCGAAGCGAUCAUUUUGAUCUGGCGGUUGGCCUCUUAGUGACCUUGAACUUCUUCACCAUGGCCAUGGAGCUGCAGUAUGAUGGCCUGCAAGCUGGGUACGACCUCAACAUGCGCUUCUUCGAUCAAACCGCGGAAACUGCCUGGCCUUGGGCGCUGGACUUUUUUCAGGUUUGUCGCACCAUCUUCCUUGUCUUCUUCACCUCAGAGAUCCUUCUCAGGUUUUGUUUUCUUCGGACCGAGUUCUUCAAGACGCCUUUCAACGUGAUCGAUUUCGCGGCUUUGUUGGCCUCAAUUAUUGAGCUCUUUUCUUGGACUUUACCAAUUGACCCAACGCUUCUUCGUCUAUGCCGGCUUGCAAAGCUUUUCAGGACUAUCCGCGUGCUAAAAGUCUCCGGCAUGCUUGACUCCCUCAGCUUACUGGCCAGAUGUAUGAGCUCCAGUGGGCUGACUCUUGUUUGGUCUCUCCUGUUCCUGUUGGUGAUCCAGCUCAUUGCUGCAAUGAUCGUCUGCUACAUGGUCCGGCCAUAUUUAGAGAAUCAAGCAGAAGAUGAGACGCGGCGCCAAGAGGUUUACAAGUACUACGGUACCUUCACCAUUGCAGUUCUCACUCUUUUCGAGGUGUUUUUUGCCAAUUGGGCUCCGGCUUGCAGGGUUUUGGUUGAGAACAUCUCAGAGUGGUACUCGCUUCUCUUCCUGGUCUACCGUUGUGGCAUCGGAUUUGCCGUCAUCAAUGUCGUGAAUGCCGUUUUCGUGCAGCAGACUAUGCAAGUCGCCAAAGGCGACGAAGAGGUUUUGCUCAUGGAGAAGCAGAAGGCGGAAGAGAAGUAUUUGAAGAAUAUUGGCAAGAUUUUUCAAACUCUGGAUACCUCCGGAGACGGGCUCCUCUCCUGGCCAGAGUUCGAACUCCUACUCAACGACACCAAGUUGAAGUUUGUCUUGGACAAAUUGGAGAUAGCAGCCGGGGACCUCAAGACGCUGUUCGAUCUCCUUGACGACACUGGCGACGGAGAGAUCUCCGUCGAUGAGUUUGUGGAGGGCAUCACUCGGUUCAAGGGCGCUGCAAAGAGCCUCGAUGUUGGCCAGCUCCUCCUCCGGAGCCGCCGACUGGAGCGGGGCAUCAUGAACUUAGAGCAGCACCUCCUGCCCGAAUCCGAAAGGAACCACACAAAAAAUCGUGCUUCAACAGCAUAG